AAAAAAAUCCUUAAAAUAUUUGUUAUAGAUGUGACAGCUGAGGCAGUAGGUGUAGCUAUUGCUGCACCUCCAUCAGAAGGGGAGGCAAAUGCAGAGCUGUGUCGCUACCUCUCUAAGGUGCUAGAAGUGAAGAAGAGUGAAGUUAUUUUAGAGAAGGGUGGUAAAUCACGUGAAAAAGUGGUGAAGAUUUUGGUAUCAAUGACACCGGAUGAGAUUUUAGAAAAACUGAAAAAAGAAGCUUCCAGUUGA